AACGCUGGCUAACUAUGCGAAGAAGCGUUUGCAAAGAAGCGUAGAGUUGAUGUAUCCGCUGAUUUUACAACGUGGAACUUUACUCGACUUUGUUUGAUUUGUAGAAAGAUGACACGAUGCAUUCUGAUUCUGUGAAGUUGCUGUCAGUGACUCAGUAUAGUCUCUCUCCGCCCUUUAUAAUAAUUGUCAUUUCCCGCCAGGAUUUGACAAUCUGGGGAAUGACGCUCUGCGAGGAAUGACGAGGACGGGGAGAGACUGGGUCGAGUCUAUUUAAAUCAUCAAUGAGGGCAAGUUGAGAAACAUUCCACAGAAAAACACCCAUGAGAUUUUACUUGAAAGUGGUGUAUAAUUAUUGCCAAGUGCAUGAAGAGAUUUAACUCAGAACUUGAAGUGAUAGUCUUCACAAAUGACGUCAUGAAGUCCACAAAAUGUCUGCUGCACAAGAUGAUGUGGUGUGCAUUAGUGUCUGCUUUGUUGACAAAAGCAGGAGCACAAAAUGAAACUCUGCCUGCUCCUUUGGAAUUUAGUUCGUAUGAGCAAGUAUUUUAUGAUCGGAUACACUUGACCUGGCAGGCACCAAAUGUGACAACAGAUUUCUUCGGUUAUAAGAUUGAUUACUUUCCUGAGGCCCAACCGAAGCCUGCAAUUCAUAUUACGUUUCAUUUGAAUGUAACAAAUGUCAUCAUACACAAUUUACGUGGACACACUGAUUAUGUUUUUCGAUUAUAUGCUAUACGAGAGAACAAGACAGGAACCGAGGGUAUCCCUGCCAUCCUUAACGUUAUGACCAUUGAUGCACGUCCUUUUAGUCCAACUCUUGUAGAGGUAUCCCCUUUGGAUACAGGAGGUGUAGCAAUCAAGUGGCUAGCACCUACAAUACCAUUUGAUGGAGAAAUCAAACAGUACGAAAUCACGUUGAGACCUGAAGGAGAAGGAGAAAGUCACAUUGUUCGAACGAACAGUCCGACACUGCUAGAGAAGACAGUUGGCGGGUUGAAACAAAAGACAACGUAUUUUGUAUCUGUAAAAGCUGUGAGCAGUGCAGGUCCUGGACUAAUGAGUGAAGAAUGGGUAGUCAAAACUAAAGAAGCUGAGGACGAUGACACCUCUCUGAUUAUCAUUAUGUGCUGUGCCAUCAUCAUUCCAGUCUUUUUGAUGGUUCUCUUUGUUCUGUUGUACAUCUUCGUACUCAGACCAGCCUUCAUGUCACCACGCCAAGAAUCAGAAGAGAUUGCUCACGAUCAUUGCAAAACUGAUACGAAGCUGACCGAGCUGACAAAUAUGAAUGGAAGCAGCACCAACCCUCUAGUAGUGAACAGUGAGAAACCUCCUCUAAAAGAAUAAUCAGGCUUACAUACAGACGGCAAAAGGAGAUUUUUACAGCUCAGUGUUAACAUGAAAUGCUUAGUGCUGACAUAGGAUAUAUAGAUGGGUCUCGAGAAAGACUGUGUUGUAGUAUUUACAAGGAUGAAGAGUGGUUACUGUUAUGUUGA